AUGACGAUGAUGCCAGCGAACGGCGUUGCCCGUGCAGUUUCCCCACUUGGUAGUCGACGUGCAGCCAGAUUAACGUCUCAAAAAGAUCCUGUAGAAGCUCUUUCCACCCCCAGCGCGCUCAAAGUCGUCGCACAAGGCCUGGUCUGCAUUAACCAGCCAUUCGACUAUUCAAAAGUCGUUGAGCAGCAUCGCCAGCAGCAUGGGCCCAAGGGCUUCUUCAAGCCCUCACCGCAGCCGCGUCAGGGCGGGAUUUACAUGGCGCCGGAAACGGCCAAUAAUGCUAAGUACAGAAUGGACGGCAAAGUCAUCAUCUUGCCACCUGCCAUUAGAGGAUGCAAAAAUGAUUCAUGCUCUGGUUCCGCGCUCUUUGAAGCUGUUGGUUAUUAUCCACAAUUCCUAAAAAAUGUGCUUGGACAAGACCGCCAGUCCCGCUUCCCGUGUGUUCUCAUGGUUGAUUCAGGCGAAACCAGCAUGAGUGCUGCGUCUAGCCUGGAUGCUUUCAGGAAAGGCAUCCAGUGGAUGGAAACGCACUAUGAGUCGCUCCCUUCCCUAGCCCAAGCAGCAGAUCGCGCAUUUCUCUAUCCAACAAGCUAUAAAGACAAGACAGGCCGGGAUAUCGGCUUCAUGUAUCAGUCACGAGUUGGGGGAAAGCCUGUCUUGUUGCACAAACCAGUGUUAGCCCUGAAGAAUGCCUGCGUAUCAAGUUCGCGAAGCGCUAUUCGGAAGAGGCCUGCCGAUUACUCGCCAACCUGGGACAUGCACCCCAGCUUGGGGGGUGACUUCACUUCCUGGAAGAUGGCUUGUGCGAAACUCGUGAAAUCUAAUAUACGAAAUAUCGUGCAAACGCUGCACAACGAUAUUCGAGACAUUGCCAUUCUCGCUGACCCUGACACGCUGGCUGUCCAUAUUUUGAUUGGGCAGGAACAUACCAGAAGGUCAGAUACCCAGGACAAGUUUCACUUUCGCUGUGGAAUAUGGUUUGGUAGGGGUGUCGAAGUUCGCGAGAAACCGGUUCGAACCGGAACCGAACCCGGAACUAAACUGCAGUUCGGUUCUGGUUCUCUAAGUUGGGGGGUAUCAGGAACCAGUUCUGAACCACAAAACCAUUGA